AUGGACAACGCAAACCUAGCCGCAGCAUGGCUAUCCUUCGCCGCAACAGCCGUCGGUCUAGGCGGCCUAAUAUCGCAAGCCAGCGCGAUAAACGAACAACUCGAUCCCUUCCACGCCAACCGCACCGUAGAGUACCUGGGGAUAUGGUUCCAACGACAAGCGCGAUUUCCCUGGUGGAAGAUCGCGAAACCGCCUCCUUUGGGACCCGUUAUCGCGGCGAAGAUGGCGGAGGGAUUUUGUGGGUUUAAUGAUUUGUAUAUCACGCGUAUACCCGUGGCGCCCCCCGGGAAGGCGGGGUGGUCUACUGUGUUGGCUAUGUUUAAUCAUGAGCCCCCGGUUUUAGGUCCGUUGGGUGCGGAUGUUGGGGCUGUGGAGAAGGGAGGGAAUGUGGUUACUUCGGUGGCUUCGGUGGCGCCCACGGGAAGUGUAAACGGGAAUGGUGCGCCGCGUAGUGCUAAUUGGGCGCAUCUUGAACGGACGGCGCUUACGAGACAUCAAUCCCACGCUUGUAUUACGAUAUCCCGGACGACGCUUAUCACCAUGCUGGUUGUGACGAAUGGGCGUCCCGUGUUUCAGUACAGCGAUGCGACGGGUUUUAGGGCUGGUUACGCGUCGUAUUGUGGGCAGUGGUACAUAACAUGGCCCAUCGGCCAAGAAGCCAUCAUAAAAUUCGCCUCCCACGACUCCAUCGGCUCCACCGAAGUCCUCCCGCGCAGCUUUCGCCAACGCGUUGACCGCUGCGGGCAAAUGGUCUCCGGGGUCGUCUCAUCACCAACCUCCUCCUUCGCCGUCGCUUUCGGCGGUCGACGACCCGCAGGCGACUACGUACUCGAGCACGCAGUCAAGGGGUUCCAAGGCGCGCAUAGCGGACGGCAUUUGUAUAACAUGAUGGGCGGGCGAGCUUUCGAAGUCGAUUACCUAGUCGCGCGGCCUGAAUCUACCACCCCCACCCCCUCCCCGUCCACUCGAUUCUUAGAUUUACCUAGUAAGGAAGACGGCAAACCCACCGUACGCUUGAGAAUCCCGCCCCACGAGGAAGAAGUCCUGAAGCAGGCUUUGGAUUGCUUGCCCUGGACAUCGCUAUCUUGGAGUUUGCACCGCGGGAUGCGCGAUGUGUUACUUGCAUACGGAAAGGGUGUUAUGGAUAUGCACCGUGAUAACUUGGCAGAAUUACUCCGUCGCACGGUGGAGGAAAGACCUGAUGUUUUCCGUCUACGCGGUUGGGAUCCCGAGUUUGUCCGGAAUAAUAUGGGGCAUAUGGCUGCAUCGGCGGUGUUAGCUGGACGUGGAAAUUCGGGUGAUUCGGUGCGUGUCGUUAGUGAUAUCGUGGAGGCGUAUGUAGGAGAUUGGGAUGUGGCGAAGUUGGAUGAGGUGAAUUUCUGGCGGAGGGAGCGGAAGAACAGUGAAGAAGAGGAAGAACUUGAUGUCCAAGCUGUAGUGGCAUUAACGAAAUUUUUCGUGCUCGAAUGGAGCCAAGAGUUCGAUUAUCAGUUAUAUCACCACCUCCCCAUCGAGUUGUUCUUUGGGUGA